UCGGAUCACUUGAGAGCUGUUGGACAAGAAGUGAGGUACAUUUACUUUCAGAGCUCGUGAAGGAAAAGUUGAUGAAAUAUCUGGGAGCAACAAUGAUCGGGAAAUCUUACUUCCUUCUGUCACUUCUCCAAGCUGGACUGGCACAAGACUGGAAACUCCACGGUCCACGUGAGGUGACAGCGCAGGAAGGUUCCUGUGCUCAGAUUCCAUGUCGUUACAGUUACCCUUCACAUGUGUCAAACCAACCACGAAUUGGAAUCUGGAACAAAGAGGGAGGAUCUGGAACAUCAUUGAUAGCUUUUCACUCCAACCAUCAUGAGAAAGAGUCCCAACAGUUCCAAAGUAGGACAUGGCUGUCUGGAGACCUGAAAAAUGGGGACUGUUCUCUGAUUAUAAACACCAUCAAGAGGGAAGAUGCAGGAUCUUAUCACUUUAGAAUAGAAUUUGACAAAGUGAAUAGUUACAGCUACUUUCCAAGAACCCAGCUUCACAUUUCUGAUUUCACGGAUAAACCCACGGUAGCCCCUGUGGAAAUUAUCGCAGGAAAGCGUGUGAGGCUAAACUGCAUCUUCAACACAACAUGCACUGGAACCGCUCCUGCCUUAACCUGGGACACUCCCACUGCCGUACAUGGAUCAGUCUCAAACACUGUAACUCAGCAUGGUGCCACUCUGACCUAUACUUCUGUUCUGGCCCUGACACCAUCACUCAGAGACCAGGGGCAAACUCUCACUUGCAGACUGAGUUAUCCAACUGUUUCUUCAGAGCAGAUGCACAUACUCACAGUGCAAUCCAUUUCUUCACAUCGAUGGAAAGCAGGAUUGCUUGGAGCUGGAAUCAUUUUAAGCGUUGGACUGAGUGGAUUAUUCAUCUUCAAGUGUGUGAAAAAAGCAAAAAGCACAGGAAGAGACCAAACAGCAUGUCAGCAAGUCAGUAGAGACACUCCAGGGAAGCAGUGGGACAGGUCCAGGGAGAGAAUGGGCAUGAAACAAGAAACUAAAACUAAGCAUUCUGCCAAUGAACAUGAAGAUCCUACUUAUGAAAACUGUGAGAUAGAUUGGGCUUUGAGAAACCAGAAGAAGAAAUUUGAGGAAAUAACACUGAAUCAUAAUAUUCAUGUACACCAAGAAGACAAUAUCUAUGCAAACUGUAACUUUGAUGAGGAGGCCAUGUAUGGGAAUGUUUAAACUAAGCAAGAUUGAGAAACACUCAGUGUGAGGACAACACCGAAUGACAGAAUCUUUCAAACUCGAACCAAAAAUCCACAGGAAUGAUCCCCGAGAACCAAUUUGAAAUUUCUUGAUAUCAUGUGUGAGAGUUUCUUGAAGAGCCCUCUUGAUGAAACCUAUACUUCAGAGAAAGCAGGAUCAGAGCAGAUUUAGAUGAAGUCAGUCUCAAGCGCCAAUGCUUCGCAGUACAGAAGUCUUGCCAUAUUUGUUGAACGAUUAUAACUGUUCCCAUUUUUAUUGUCAGCCUUGGUAAUAUAGUAAAUGGAACAAUAAUCUAGAAA